GUGCGGUGUGGACGUGACGCGUGUUCGAAUGAUAUUACGUACGAUUUCAUGCGGAGAACAAUUUUGUGAUUUAAAUAAAAUAAACGCGGGAAGUGCUUUCUGUGUUAUGAUGGAAUACAAUUGAUGUGUGUGUGUUCUAAUUUCGGAACGUAAGAAAUAUCCCGCGGUUUGAAUGACGAAAUGAAAUAAAAUCCAAGCUCUGAGUGAAAACCAUUGUGUGUCAGUGUAGUAGUGCAUUUUUGUAAUGGUGUGAGUGAGUGUCACAUACACAUGAUGGCGAUGAAAAUUUUGCUAGUUUUGCUGACGGUCCUCGCCUGUCACUUCGCGGCUGCUGAAAGAGAUCAUGCAUCUGCACUGGCAGGGAAUACUGCUCGCUUAAGAUGCCGUAUAGAUGGCAAGUCAUGUGGGGAGAUGCACAGUAUAAAAUGGUACAAAGCUGACACAAGAGUCUACGUCUAUUCAGCCUCUAAAGACGCAGCGAUUAACCGACCUGAAGGAGAUAUGAUGGACAGGAUGUCAAUCGCACACGAACCGAACGCCACGUACGCCGAGCUGGUGAUCACAAACGUACAACCUGAUGAUGAAGGGGUCUAUCGCUGUGAGAUAACCUACCUGCAAGUGGGGGAAGACUGCAACACAGUACAAGUCACCGAUUUUCACACAUACAUUAAACCGAAAUCAGUGGAAGUGAGAACCGGGGACGGACUAGUUUUAUCUGAAGGAGCUGUCUUUGGGCCACUUUUGGAGAGGACGAAAGUCAACAUCACUUGCUUGGUGGUGGGCGGCAAGCCCCAGCCGAAGAUCACGUGGUACUUUAAUGGGAAAGAAAAAUUAGAUGCUCGAACAAUCACCGACCAGUCAUCAGUGCAACACGUUCUUCCUCUCACUGUCACACGCACAGAACUGGGAGGCCAGCUGACUUGCAAUGUGUCCUCUGCAGCGCUGGACUCACCAAUAUUGCGAAGAGUGAAACUUGAUGUCAAAGUUCCACCAAACAAGAUCGCCAUAACAGGAAUAAAGGACCACGCAACACAGGGUACGCUACUUACUCUGAUGUGCAAGGUGUCGGGAGCACGUCCGGCUGCGAGCAUCGAAUGGUUCAACGGAACCCAGAAGCUCACUCCAGAUAACCGUAACAUACAGAAUAAGGAAUUCGAAUCGAGCGACAAAACAUUUGAAACACAAUCGAACCUCACAUUCGAGGCGACGCGUUAUGAAAACGGAAGAAAAUUUAUCUGCAAGGCGGUGAAUGACGUCAUGCUGGAGACGAAAGAUCAUCCGAUACAUGCAACUCUUGAAUUGGAGAUUUGGUAUCCUCCGAUUGUCCACGUUGGUCCAUCCAACAUCACAGUAGUUGAAGGACAAAAGAUUCUUCUUAAAAGCGAAUACGAGAGCAAUCCCUCAUCACUGAGAGAAGUUAUAUGGUUCCGCGAUGGGAAGAAGGUGAACGUCAAUAAUUCGCACUAUCAAGGCGGUAGCAUCGACCAGCACUCGCUCAUCAUUCUCGACGCCAGUGGUGAUGACAUGGGAAACUAUACCGUAUUGCUUGCAAAUACGGUCGGGAAUGGAACGACGAAUGAAACUAUCAGUGUCAAUGUUCUAUUUAAACCUCAAGUCCGCCUUAUCAUGAGCUCACCAAGCCCCAUCUUGGAGACGGACCACAAGAACGUGACGCUCACUUGUGAAGUUGUGACUGGAAACCCUUCGAUCCUGGAUGAAGUCAUCUGGUAUCUGGACGGCGAAGUGCUGAAACAUCUGCCGGAGUGUAAUGGAACUGAUGACGCUCUUUGCAAUGAAGUAGACCCGUCAAUGCUACUACUCCAGGACACCACAAAGAGUUUCCACGGGAACUACUCGUGCAAAGGAAAGAACUACGCUGGUUGGGGAAACGAGAGUGAAAAGACGGAGCUCGUUGUUAAUUAUCCACCCGGACCAGCAAAACUGACUUACUCUCCAUGGCGCGUUAUCAAGGGGAAGUCCCUCGUGCUCAGCUGCAGCAUACAAGAGAAGGGACGGCCGGAAACACAUAGGUUCCGCUGGCUCCGCGGCAGUCGCGCUAUCAGCGACAUCGUGUCUCAGAACUGGACCAUCGAUCCUGUCACUCUUGACCACCGCACCAACUUCUCCUGCCGAGGAAUCAACUCAGGCGGAGACGGACCGCAGGCAAUAGUCAAUAUUGAUGUCUUAGCACCACCAAGUUUCAAAUACGCGAUGAAUCAUUACAGCGGUGCCUUGUAUAAAUCUCAGAAUAUUUCACUAUCAUGUACAGUGGAAUGUGCUCCUCUGUGUACGGUGGAAUGGCUUAAAGAUGGUCAACGUAUAGAUCCAGAUAAAACGGACAAAUAUUACGUCGUCGAAAGGAAAAUAGAACCUCAAGUAAAUAGGAAUGAUUUUGAAGCAACAGAAUCUACUUUGCAUUGGAACAUGUCGGCAUGGUCGGGCGGCGUGCUGUCGCGCGGCGAUUCCGCGCGCUACGCAUGCCGCUCAUCGCGCAACGACGCCGGCCCGCCCGUCACCAGCACCACCAACUUCGCCGUCGAGUAUGAGCCAGAGAACAUAACGGUCACCCCGAGCGUCGUGUCAGUUAUCGAAAACGAAAUACCGGCGAAAGUUGUCUGCUCAGCCAACGGCUUUCCGAUGCCGAGCUACUCGUGGCGGCGCGAGCGCGCGUCGAAGGGCGCGGCGCGCGCGCACAACGCGAGCGCGGCGCUGUCGGCCGCCAACACGCUGCUGCUGCCCGCUGCCACGCGCGCGCACGCCGGCCGCUACGUGUGCGAAGCUUACAACCGCCACGGCGCCGUCAACACCACCGUGCUGCUGGACGUCAUGUUUAUACCGGAAUGUGGAAUAAAGCAAAUAGAAAUGGAGGGCGAUCAAGUGUUAGUCUGCACGGCGCACGCUAAUCCUUCUGAGGUGUCGUUCUCGUGGAAGUUGAAGAACGACAACGACAGUCUAUCUGAUGAGAAGAUCUGGCAGAGCGGCGCGCAGAGCUUCCUGCGUCUGAGCACGCGCGUGUCCGUAUACCGGACAUACCUGUGCGUGGCCAACAACAGUGUCGGCGUGUCCCGGCCUUGUGAGCGUGACGUCAUGGGUACAAAAGUAUGGUGGCGUGACCAACAGAAAUUGAUGUUGAUCGGUGGUAUCGCGCUUGCCGUCCUCGUGGUGACUGUCGUGCUCUGCGUACUCAUCAUAUGCAUCUGUCGCAGGAUGCGCGCCAAGUCCAAAUAUAAUAACCCCGUCGAACUCGAAGAGAGAGAAAAUCCGGAUGGUAGCUGUCUAAACGAAGUGUCUAUAGCUCAAUCUAUUAUAUCGCAAGCUUUACCCGCUUUAUCACCGCGUUUAAAUUUAUCAUUCAAUACCAAAUCACCAGAUAGAACUAGACUAGUCGAAUCACAGAGCUACCCUCAUAACUUAGAAAUGACAAUCAAAGAAAGGUCAAAUAAUUUACAAACUACUGUCAUACAAUCAGAAUCAAAUGACGAAACUAUUCAGAGUAACAAAGAAACUGAAAUAGAAAAUUCUGAAAAUCAGAAUUCUGAACCUAAAAUCGAUACAAAUAAGGUUCAAACUGUAGUGACGCCUAAUAAAUGGCCUUUGAAACCAGGUGUUUUAGUACAUGUCAAUUCUAAUCAUACGCUCAGUCCGAAAAAUCAAGCAAGAUUACAUAAUAGGACACAAACAGAUAAUAAUACUGAAGAAACUAACUUGGGAUUAUUAGAAAGAAAUAGAAAUGAAGAAAACAGGGUAACACCUAAGCCAGAGUAUUCUAAAAAGGCUGGGAAACCUAAAAAAAAUACACAGAAGGUCGUUACAGGAAUUUUAAAAACAUUUAGACGCAAAAGUGACUCAUCUGACGAUGAAAGUGGAAAAUAUAAGAAAAUUAAUAAAUCAAAUAAAAGAGCCGUAUCACUAGUAAAUUUAAACAAAAGCUGUGGACCUAAAAGAAGUAUUCGAUCUUUUUUUCUAAGUGAAACACCAAACGUGAUUGUCACUGAAGGAGUUGUAUCGUUUAAAAGACCUGAUAGAAUUUGCACAACGAAUAAUAAAACUGAACCGAUUAAAGAACCACCGAGAGUUACAAGAAAACGAAAGAAACCUGGCGACAGCCCACCUACGAAUGGCGUAGAUAAUGCAGCAAACGGUAACUUAGGAACGGAAAACCCCGGUCUCUACGAGAACCUGCCGUUCCACGGUCUCCAACAACCUCCUAAUAAACCUUUCAGAAUAGAAGAUCAGUUCAUAUACGCAGAUGCUGAUAUGAAAGAUUACGGGCCAAUCAACUAUAAAGCAGCUUCAAUUUACGCCCAAAUGAAAAAAGUCAAAAACCAACAGAAAUUACAGGAAGCUUACGAGAAAGAACAUCCCGAAGAUGACAUGCUAUGAUCUUUAUAACAAAUAAAUCUUAUAUAAACGUCUGGAAAUAUUAUGUGUUAAAUAAUUAGUCAAAUAUUAGGUAAUUACAAAUUUGUAUUUCAUCUUGACCAACAAAUCGAUAGUUAUACUAUUUAUGUAUUCUUCAAUUGUUUAAAUAAUAACACAAAUUAUUUCAAAUACAUUUUGCCUAAAAAUAACACUGGAAAUGAUGAUUCGUAUGUAUCAAGACUGUUUAUAAACGAAUAUUGAAUCAACAAUGAAAAAUAUGACCCCCACUAUGUACAGAUUACUCGGUGUUGUAAAUAAUGUAGUUAUCUCGUAUACUUUAAUGUCACACAAUUCCAAGAAUCGACACAUAAUUUGAUUUUGUUUACAACACAAAUGUCUAGUGAAUUUUUAUUUCUAACUUUGUUACUUAUAGAUGUGGAUUAAAAAAAAAUAUUUUAAUGAAUUUCACUUUUGUUUUCAUUUAAGAUUUUUUUUAGAUUGCAUAGAAGUGACUUUAAACUGAAAGCAGAAAAAAAUAGGAUAACUCAAAUACGCAAUUUAAUUAUUAUUUUUUAACUUAAUAUUGUUUUUUUUAAUCACAUCUCUAACUUACAAAUUCUCCACCAGCCUAGAAAAGCUUCAGUAGUGAACACGGCUAGUUUUAUCACCGUCCGUCCAAACGGGAAUUCUGGAAACCUAGUUGAGUUUAGCUAAACCCAUUUCUGUAAAAAAAUUAGUGUAAAAUAUACUUAAACGUAUAGUUAAAAGUUUCUAUCUCAUAAGUAGAGUGCGCGAUAGUCGCACAACGGAACGUAGAAGAGUUCACGGUUGCGUUUAUACGAUAUAAUGGCCCGUAGAGUAAUUGGCAUUUAUUUUUAUGAUCGCCUUGAAUUUUUGUUAAUUUACAUUUGUAAUAAGCUAUGACUUAAAUCUCUCUAUCAGAAAAAAAAACAAAAUUUACUUUUUUUACAUAUAUUUAUGGACUAAGGAUCUUUGUAUAUUAUUUAUUCUAAAGUAGUUUUUUUUUUUAAGUACACAAAGAAUGUAUGUAUACAUGUAUGUACAGUUCGAAAUUUGAAAUUAAUUCUGAAACGCUGUAACACAAUAAAUGUUGGCAUGUUUUCUGAUAGAGAGUCUUCAUUAUAGUUUUAAUCUAAUUUUGUUCGGUUUGAACAUUUUGUGAGACUUAACAUUUUUUUAUUUAUUUAUUGUACUAAUGUAAAUAAAAAUGUAAGUGGAAUUUUUGUACAUGUUUAUACUUUUUGGUAUCGUUAUUGUUUUUUUCUUAACAAAAUUUGUGUUUUAAUUCCAUUUUCAAUUUUAACAGUUGUUUUUUAAACCACAGCACACUAGUUGAUAAGUAUUAAGAGAGACGGAUUGAAUUCGACAGUUAAAAAAAAUAGUGUUCGAAUUGUAAAUUCAAAUGUAAAAGAUUAAUUCCAGUUGAAAAUAAUUUGAAAUUAAAAAUCGUUCUAAAUUUAAAUUUUAAUAAAUAAAUGUCAAAUUCAAUCCGCAUUGCGAAUCUAGGUGAAAAUAAAACGUAACAGAUUUUGUACAUAAUGAAACUUGUUAAAAUAUUGUCAGAUAGUAUUAAUAAAUAAUUUAUGGAUUUUG